AUGGCUACUUACGAACCUUCUCUGGUCCCCAAUGACCCAACCUUGGUCGGUUCUCAGCUCUCCGACUAUGAGGGAUCUGUGGACGAGAAGCUUCCAAGCGAGCAAAGCGCUUCGCACGUCUAUCAGAUCCAUAACACGCUGUUCCGAAACCAUUACAAUGUGUCUACCGCCCAAGGGAAGCAGCUCUACCGGGUGGAGAACUCCUCCUGCAGGCCCAAGAAGCCAGACCUUACCUUCCAUGCAGGGUCCGACGAGAACGGCCCGACCGUGGCAGUCUGCAAAUUCCUACAUUUUUCAAGACAUCUCAAGGUCGGUCUGGGCGAUCCCAACGAUAUCAAUGGUAUUACAUACGAGGAUCUGCUGGCGCAAGACCACCGACACGCCAAGUAUCGUUGGCAGAUGACGAUGCAAACUGCCCGGGGCCCCGAACGGCACUCAUUCCUCUGCACCCGGACACACUCGGUUGGGGUCAAAGAGGACCGCAAGACGAACAGCUUGAGCAAUCGCAACUUCAAACUCGUUGAUGAGCAGACCGGCAAAGUUGUGGGUGUAUUUACCAAUGCUGUCUGGAAGAACAGGGAGACAGGCAGGCUUCUGAUGUUUGUGGAUUAUGGGCAGGAAUUCGACCUUAUGGCACUAGUCACAGUGCUAGCCUUGUACGAGAAAGCCCGGCGACGCAGGGACUCUGCUGCUGCCAGUGGUAGUUAA